AGUUCGAGUCGGUCGAUAAAACACACUGGUCACCGUACCUGUUUCACGCGUAGUAGGCCAGUUACGGUGCAAAAAAAGUGAUUUUUCAUCUUGCUAAAAUUGAAUAUUUCUGGAUUCGUUUCUGGAAUACGCUCAUAAAAACAUCGGGAACAUUUAGAGACAACUCUUUCGCUACUGAAGUGAACAUUUAUUGUGCACAAAAUAUUGCAAUUCUAAGCUGAUUAGCAGUUUUUUUGUAAAGGGGUAGAGGAAAAAACGAGCUGAAUGGCUACAAAGAAAUCAUCAUACGGUUUUGAAGAUGACGAGGAGAAUAUCGAUUCUUCUGGUUCCGAUUUCGACGAAGAUGAAGAUCCUGAUGAGAUUGAAGUACCGGGUGGUGGAAAAGAUCUGGCUACGGUUGCCAAGCUUAAGAACAAUACAACUGUACCAAACUUGAGUGGUAUGGCGGCGGCAUCAAAUGUGUCAUCGAAAUCAACCGGUAAGAUACCCAGUGGUCUAGUCACGAAAUCGGUCACCACCGGCGGCUACGAAAUGAUCAAACAGCCUACCAUUACGAAACAGCCCAGUGCUAGCGGCAGUGCCUUGGGCGAUGGUAAUGUCGUUGCCAGUGGCAGUGGUUCUGGUAGCCUGGUGAAACAUAAUGUAUCGCCUUCCUCCUCAAUCCCACCGGGUGCCACCAGCAUCUUGGGGGGACUGGGAAGCUACUAUCCUCCUAGUAUAGUCACACUACUGGCACAAAUGGGUAUGGCUGCAUCUCUCGGUUUUGGUGGAAACGCAUCAGCCAACAACCUGAACCAGAUGACUAGCAACCAGAUCAUGCUAGAACACUUGAAGGCACUGGUGACGGCAAAUCCUCACUAUCUCACCAGCGGCAUACCAACAAAUCUACUCUCCCAAAUAUGGAUGGCUGAUGUCAGUAAGGUACAACCGCAGCAGCCGUUAACUACGCCAUUCAACUACCAACUCAACCAAGCGCCCGAAGAAGAAGAAGGCGAGGAGGAAGAGAUGGGAGUCGCAGAAACAUACGCAGACUAUUGGCCAGCGAAAUCUAAAGUUGGUAAAAAACAUCCCGAUGCUGUAGUAGAGACAGCUUCGUUAUCAUCCGUAGAACCACCGGACGUAUACUACAAACUAUCCAUCCCACCAGAAACUAUCAACAGUGGCCAACUCAGCGCUCUGCAGCUGGAAUCGAUUACCUAUGCUAGUCAGGCUCAUGAUCAUCUGCUGUCAGGAGGAUCUCGAGCCGGGUUCUUAGUGGGAGAUGGAGCUGGUGUGGGAAAAGGUCGCACCAUAGCAGGUAUUAUUUACGAAAAUUAUCUCAAAGGUCGAAAGAAAGCAAUUUGGAUUUCGGUUUCUAAUGAUCUACGCUACGACGCUGAACGUGAUUUACGCGAUAUUGGGGCUUCCAGAAUCGAGGUUCACGCUCUCAAUAAACUAAAAUACGCCAAAAUAAAUUCAUCAAUAAAUAAUAACAUUAAAAAAGGCGUCAUCUUCGGAACAUACUCCGCAUUGAUUGGUGAAUCGCAGAGUUCGGAAAGCAAAUAUAAAACACGCCUCAAGCAGCUACUACAAUGGUGUGGCGAAGGCUUUGAUGGAGUUAUUGUUUUCGACGAAUGUCACAAAGCCAAAAAUCUUUGCCCUGUUGGUUCUAGCAAACCAACGAAGACUGGUUUAACGGCGCUUGAACUACAGAAUAAACUACCAAAAGCGCGUGUUGUUUAUGCGUCAGCUACUGGGGCCUCUGAACCACGGAAUAUGGCAUAUAUGGUUCGAUUAGGAUUGUGGGGACAAGGUACACCAUUUCCCUCUUUCAUGGAAUUUAUAACAGCUGUGGAAAAACGGGGAGUGGGUGCAAUGGAAAUUGUAGCAAUGGAUAUGAAGUUACGCGGAAUGUACAUCGCUCGUCAACUUAGUUUCCACGGUGUGACUUUUAAGAUCGAAGAAGUUCCAUUGACGAGGGAGUUCAAGCAGGUUUAUGAUGAGUCGGUUGAAUUGUGGGUGCUGGCCAUGCAGAAAUUUACCGAAGCUGCUGAACUGAUAGAUGCUGAGAACAGGAUGAAAAAAACAAUGUGGGGUCAGUUUUGGUCUGCUCAUCAACGGUUCUUCAAAUAUCUAUGUAUAGCUUCGAAAGUAAAUCAUGCAGUAAAAGUGGCACGAGAUGCUAUUAAAUUCGGCAAAUGUGUGGUAAUUGGCUUACAGUCGACUGGUGAAGCCCGUACAUUAGAGCAACUUGAACGAGAUGAUGGGGAAUUGUCUGAUUUUGUUUCCACUGCUAAAGGUGUUUUCCAGUCAUUGGUCGAAAAACAUUUUCCCGCUCCUGAUAGAAGUCGAAUUAAUAGGUUAUUGGGAUUAGACGUCCCUAGGAAAACGCAGCUUGAAACAAUUUUAGAAAGUAUUGAUUCCAAACCAUCGGUUAGUACGGAUCUAAAACGCAAGAAUCAGGGCGAAACUUCGUCAAAUCUUAAAAAGUCACGUUUAAAUUCUCCUGGGCCCAAUAGCGAUUCUAAUAAUUCGGAUGCUGACAGUGAUAGUAACCAGGACUCUGAUAGUGACCGUAGCAGUGACCAUAAUCCAUUCUAUUCUGGAUCAGAUAGCGAUGAUGAUCCUUGGGUCGGUAAAACAGCUAAAGCUAAACCUAAAAAGGCCAAAAGUCCCAAGAAGAAACCGGUGUCAACUCAAGAUAAAAUUCAGGCUCAUCUAUCUAAAAAGCAAACAGAUACCAAACCCGUGGUUUUCCAAGCCAGUAACGGGGUUUCUAUACAGCUGGGGCCUCCACCGAAAGACGCAAUUGAACGGGCAUGUCAAAUGAAGGAUGAAUUGAUGGCAAAAAUUGAAAAACUCGGAAACAGUUUACCACCAAAUACUCUCGAUCAGUUGAUUGACGAACUUGGUGGACCCGAAAAUGUUGCCGAGAUGACUGGCCGUAAAGGUCGAGUCGUUCAAAACGACGAUGGCUCUAUACAAUAUGAAUCUAGAUCCGAAUCCGACGUUCCGCUGGAAACGUUGAACAUAACGGAAAAGAAACGCUUUAUGGAUGGCGAAAAAGAUGUUGCUAUUAUAUCAGAAGCGGCAUCCAGUGGUAUUUCACUACAGAGUGAUCGAAGAGUUCGUAAUCAAAGACGUCGAGUUCAUAUAACACUUGAAUUGCCAUGGUCUGCAGAUAGAGCUGUGCAACAGUUUGGGCGAACCCAUCGAUCAAAUCAGGUCAACGCUCCCGAAUACAUGUUCCUUAUAUCAGAUCUUGCCGGAGAACGAAGGUUCGCUUCUACAGUUGCUAAAAGAUUGGAAUCUUUGGGUGCGUUGACUCAUGGAGACCGUCGAGCAACGGAGACCAGAGAUUUAUCACAAUUCAACAUUGACAAUAAAUACGGUCGAUCGGCUUUAGAAUCCGUAAUGAAAACUAUCAUGGGAUAUGAACAACCUUUGGUUCCCCCACCGAGCGAUUACAAGGGAGACUUUUUCAAAGACAUAGCUGGAGCGCUUGUCGGUGUGGGGAUCAUCGUCAACAGCGAGCAAAUGCCGGGAGUUCUCAGUCUUGAUAAAGACUAUAACAAUAUAUCUAAGUUCCUUAACCGUAUUUUGGGCAUGCCAGUAGAGUUGCAGAACAGACUUUUCAAAUAUUUCACCGAUACUCUCACAGCUAUCAUUGAGCAAGCGAAGAAACGUGGCCGCUUCGAUUUAGGAAUCUUGGAUUUGGGAGCAGCUGGAGAAAAUGUUACGAGAACUAAAAUAACAAAGUUUAUUAGAAAACACGCGACAGGGGUUGCACCAACAGAACUGCAUACCGUUCAGGUGGAACGAGGAAUGAUCUGGCAGGAAGCUAUAGACAAGUGGGCUGAUCUAGCUGGUGAAAAAGAAGGAUUCUAUAUUUCACGACAUGCUCGGAAUGGAAAGUUUGCAGUCGUAUUAGCGAUUGAAUUUGAAGACUGCAGCAAAGGAAACACCAGCAAUAAUAAAAGAAAGAAUGAUACAAAAAACCGCAAGGAAAUGAUGUACCAGAUCUAUAAACCUAAUACGGGGCUUCAAUUCAAGCAAGAAUCAUUGGACGAGUUAGAAAAAAAGUACAAGAAGGUGUUGAGUGAUGAGGCAGAAACUCAUUGGACACAGCAAUACGAUGCGUCGGUGAAUACCUGCGCACAUAGCUACUGGAAAGGUGUUUGUCGCUAUGUUUCGAUGGGACAAGACUGUGAGAUCGGUUUACGGAGGCGCACGUAUUUUGUACUUUCGGGAUCAGUAUUGGCUGUCUGGUCGAGGGUAGAAAGUAGCUUAGCGGCUCGAAUUGGCAAUCAAAACCGAAUGCAGGUUAUUCGGUUGAAAACGAAGGAAGGCAUAAAAAUUGUCGGUACGCUUAUACCAAAGAACUGUGUUGAUCACUUAAUCAAGGAUCUGAGCAGCGAUGCAGAAAAGGUUGAGGAGCAGUCGUUUUUAGAAAAGUAAAAUUGUGAAAGUGAGUUUAGGCCACCGCCUUUGCGGAUUACGCUUAACCACACGUGAUAGUAAGUUAAGUUCAGUCGAUAGUGUUUAUUAAAACAAAAAAACAAUGUGAAACCAAACUCUAAGGCUAAGAUUCCAUUAACGACAAGCAGACUUAUGUUCAGUGAAUUGCAACUAUUGCACGGGAAAAAUAAUGUAAUUUUUGACUGCAGUUUCCUAUAAAAUUUGAACGUAUAAAAAUCAGUUUUAUUGCAUAAACAAGGUCUAGUGGAGCGCAUGAAAGCGUGUGGAUAAGUGUGAAAUUAUUGUGUGAAAUCAAUAUCCAUUUCAAUAUUCUCGUCUAACGAUGAAAUAAUGAUUGACAAAGCUUCCGUUUUGUUUCAAUUGAAAAGAAAACAGUUUGUACAAAUUCAAUCACAGAAAUAUUUUCUUGUUGAAUACAUAACAAAAAACUAUGGCUGGUUUUAAGUCAAACUUUUUUUUUUAUUUUAACAAAGUAAGAUGUACAAAAUAAAAUAGUAGAUCCUAAUUAACAGGACUAGUAGAAUGUAAACAUUAGAAAUAAACUAAUUGUGACUGAAUGCUCUA